UGUGAGUUUAGAGGGUUACAGAUACACCAUAAGAUAUAUGAUGCAGAAUCACAGGCAAAUGAUUCAUCACAAAGCCACACUCUUUCUCAAGUUCCUCAUAAUAAUUCUUGGAAGCUUGGUCUUCCUAUGAUCUUGUUACUUGGAUUUGGAGCUUCUGUCUACUCUUGGAGUCGAGUUAUGAAGCCUUUGGCUGAGGUCACUGGUUCCAAAGUUAUUAUUGCCUUCCACAGACCAGCUUUUGGAUUGACGUCAAGGGUGGAUGUUUCCACACAUUUAUCAACUCAUGUCCCGUAUAGCAUCAGUUUUUUGAGUCGUGAAAAUACUUUCAGCUUUGUCACAUUAAUUAUUGAUUUUAAAAGGUUGAAUGAAAUGCUGACCCUGGUGUCUUUGCCGACGGAUAAUGGACUCCCAGUUUUGAUCAUCACGAGUGACAAUGAGCGACUUGUUCCAUCCUGGAACGCCGAGGCACUUUCACAAGCUAUACCUGGUUCUUGUCUCGAAGUAAUCAAGAAUUGUGGCAUUCUUCUCAUAGCUUGUAUGUAUUUGAGAAGCUGA